UUCGUCUAUUACGCGUUGAUAUAUUAUUACGUUAAGUUAGGUUUCAAAAGCACAGAAGUUAAACGUAUUAUUAAAUUCAGACGUCUUUACAGCAGUUUAAGUAGAAACUUCACGUUUGAAGUUGGAAGAACGUACAAGAACAUACUAAAAAUAUAUCGGGAAAGAUUUCAUUAUCACUAUGGUGCGUUAUCGAACUAUGACACCACAGGAAUAUAAGGAAAAUUCUAAUAAAUUCAAAAUAAAUUAUGGCAUCCAAUCGACACCCUUUGGAAAUUGUUUAAUCGGUAUAACUAAUACCGAUAAAGCUAUAGUAUACUUAGGGUUUGUCGAUAAAAGUACUGAAGAAUCAUUAUUGGGCUUACAAAACACCUGGAAUUUUUCUGAAUUAAUAGAAGACAAUGAAAAUGAAACAGAAGAAAUCGUACAAAAGAUCUUCAAUCAACGCGUGUUUAAUGAUGAUUCCAUUGUGGUUGUGUUAAAGGGAACGGAGUUUCAAAUCAAAGUCUGGGAGGCCUUGCUAAAAAUUCCAGAGGGUACAAUAAUUACGUAUGAACAAAUUGCGAAAAAUAUAGGGAAACCAACAGCUAGUCGCGCAGUUGGAAAUGCCGUGAUGAAAAACAGUAUUGCAUAUUUGGUGCCAUGUCAUAGAGUAGUAGGAAAAUCCGGCAGUAACAAAUAUACAUGGGGAACAAAUCGUAAAGAAAGUAUUUUAAUGCAUGAGCGAAAAUUUUUGAAUACUUAAGUUUGUUACUGCGGUAUUAUGCAUCAAGUAUAUAAUUUUUUGUUUUAUUUAAAUGUAAGCAAUGGUAUUAAUGUUAAGCAGAGUGAAAUAUCAUGUAUAAUUAUGAUUUAUACAGUAUUUUUUUGUUACCUUAAGUACUUACAUAAAUUAAAGUACCUACUACAGAUGUUUAA